AUGAAAGCCAUAGCUGCGUCUGCGUUAUCCGCGGCAGUGCUCGCCUCAUCUGCUCUUACUGGCGAGGCCAGCAUCAUCAAGUCUAGAACGAACAAGAUCACUCCUGUCACAGUUAAAGGAAAUGCAUUCUGGAAUGGCAAGGAGCGUUUCUACUUGCGCGGAGUAGAUUAUCAACCAGGAUGGCCAUCCAAUCUCAAGGACCCAAUCGCUGAGCCCAGACUUUGCAAACGGGACAUUGCCAAAUUCAAGGAAUUGGGCGUGAACACCAUCCGUGUUUACAGCGUUGACAACAGCAUAAACCACGAUGAAUGCAUGGAAGCACUCGCUGACGCUGGCAUCUACCUUGCCCUUGAUGUCAACACCCCUAAAUACUCUAUCAACAGAACUGAUCCUAAUAAUUCGUAUAAUGCCGCCUACCUCCAAAAUGUCUUUGCGACGGUCGAAAUGUUUGCCAAAUAUGACAACACCCUGGCUUUCUUCUCCGGAAACGAGGUCCUUAACGAUGGUAAUUCAUCAAUGGCUGCCCCUUAUGUCAAGGCGGUCACACGUGAUAUUCACAAUUUUCUCCACUCACGAAAUAUGAGAGAUAUCCCCGUCGGAUAUUCUGCGGCUGAUGUCGAUACCAACCGUGUCCACCUGGCACAUUAUAUGAACUGUGGUUCUGACGAUGAGCGCAGCGACUUUUUCGCUUUCAACGAUUACUCCUGGUGCGAUCCAUCUUCCUUUGAAAAUUCCAGCUGGGACAAGAAAGUCCAAGCUUUCACCGGCUACGGAAUCCCCCUUUUCCUCUCAGAGUACGGCUGCAAUAGGAGUGAGCACAACUGGAACGAAGUGACGGCUUUGUACUCCAGCAACGUGACAAGUGUCUACUCUGGCGGUCUCGUCUACGAAUACUCCCAGGAGCCUAAUAGCAUUGGCCUGGUCCAAAUCAAGGACGGCAAGCUAACAAAACUCCCUGAGUUCGACAAACUGAAGGAAGCAUUUGCUAACGCAAAGAGCCCAUCCGGUGAUGGCGGAUUCAACAAAACUGGCGGUGCAAACCCUUGCCCCAAGAAGGACGGUCCCAACUGGUAUGUCGGUGACGAGGCUCUUCCAGCCAUGCCUGACGGUGCCAAAAUAUACCUCUUGCAAGGUGCCGGUAAUGGUAGCCAGACCGCUAGCUCUGGAUCACCUGGCCCUGGAUCUGGCACCAAUGGCGUGAAGGCAGGUCAACUCUUUGCCUUAAGAACUCAAAGCGCUGCUGCUGGCCUUGAGCCCCCCAAGAUCUUAUCUGCUUUCCUUUAUGUUCCAUUGUUGUUGGAACGUCUACGCUCUUUGGCGUUUCAUUGA